AAAGCUGUAACCAUGCGGCUUCCGUACUACGGAAUCCCAGCCAUAACAUCAACUAGCUAGAUAGCUAACCUACCGGUAGCUAGUUUUUCAGUCAUCGUUGUCAAAUGAAUUGGACACACAAGGUGCAUAUCUUAAGCGCGAGUCACAUCCUAUCCGGACGAAACCAGAUAAAAAAAAUCUUCGCGACAUGCUAUCAACAGUAAGCUUGCUAUGAAAUUAAAAUGAACCGAUUGUCAGCAGGCAGGCUAGCUAUCUCUGACAAGAUAGCUAGGUUGUGAAGUUAGCGAGCUUUCACAUAGCGUUAGCGUUGUGGUAUUACUGAAGUUAGCUAGUCAGUUGUAAUUGUUUCUUGCGGCUUUGCUACAAAUGACUAGCUAGUUUCAGUUUGUCAAAAUAUAUUGUUGCAAAAGGUAGCUAGCAAGCAAGACAUGGGCUACUAUGUAGCCAUCUUAACGCUGUCUAGUCAGAUCGGCGCUACAUUGUAACCAGAUCAGUGCUAGAGAGAUCAGCAGCAGUUUGUCUGUCGUAAUAGGAAACAACAUCCUCAUUAUGGGCACAGUUAGUUAGCUAGCUACAGAUUGACGAUAACUGGUUUAUUUUUUACAGUGAUAGUUAUAUUUGGUAGAUGGUGCUAGUAUUUGCCCUUCAGUACAAGUAAAGCCGUGCUUUGUGAUUUCUGACUCAGACGAUCAUCAUUGUCGUGUCGUGGAAAUCAAUGUGCGCCUGAAGAUUAGGCGGAACAGCAGGAUGUCUAGGGGAUUUAGUGCAGCAAUGAUAUUGUUUAGAAAACACAACAACACAACGAUGAUCACAAGGCAUACAAAAGCCCCCAAAUGAAAUCGUAUAAGGCUCAACUUUUCAUUUUCUCUGACUAUACAUCACAUCUGGUGCGUCUUGGGUUAUAGAACACACAUACGACUAUAGCUAAAUCGGUUUAUUUCAUUUGAAGAGUAGCCAAAUAAAUAUUUGAUAUGUCUGGGGACGGCUCGGAUAGUAGUAGUAGUAGUAGUAGUAGUAGUAGUAGCGAUGACUCCGAUACAGGGAUCCGGAGAAAAGCCUGCACUGUCAAACAUGAGAUUACCAAUGCGAACCUCACAGGCCAUUCUGAGAGAGUGGGCAUGGAGAACUUUGAGCUUCUCAAAGUCUUGGGCACAGGAGCCUACGGGAAAGUGUUUCUGGUCAGGAAGAACAGUGGUCACGAUGAAGGGAAGCUGUAUGCCAUGAAGGUGCUGAAGAAAGCAGCCAUCGUUCAGAAGGCGAAGACAGCGGAGCACACGCGUACAGAGAGACAGGUGCUGGAGCACAUCCGCCAGUCCCCGUUCCUGGUCACACUGCACUACGCCUUCCAGACCCAGACCAAGCUCCAUCUCAUCCUGGGUGAGCGCUGGAUCAAACAAACCCAUACGUGGAACUCUCUGGCUAUGACCUUGGAAGUGCUGAAAGUGUGUCUCCAUGUGUGUAUACUGUGUUUCUGCAUGUGUGUGUUUUUCUAUUCAAGUGUUAUCUGUAUCUGUCUGUGUAUAGACUAUGUGAGCGGAGGGGAGAUGUUCACACACUUGUACCAGCGGGAUCACUUCUCUGAGGAAGAGGUGCGGAUCUACAUCGGGGAGAUUAUCCUGGCACUGGAGCACCUCCACAAGCUCGGCAUCGUGUACCGGGACAUCAAGUUGGAGAACAUCCUAUUGGACAGCGAGGGACAUUUGGUGCUGACAGAUUUUGGGCUCAGCAAAGAGUUCCUUGAGGAGGAGAAGGAAAGGACGUAUUCGUUCUGUGGCACCAUAGAGUACAUGGCUCCAGAGAUCAUCAGGGGGAAGUCUGGUCAUGGAAAGUCAGUAGAUUGGUGGAGUUUGGGUAUCCUGAUGUUUGAAUUGCUGACGGGGGCGUCCCCAUUCACACUGGAGGGGGAGAGGAACUCCCAGAGUGAGGUGUCCAAGCGUAUCUUGCGCUGCGAACCGCCGUUCCCCUCUAUAAUCGGAGUCGUGGCUCAGGACCUGCUGAGGAAGCUGUUGGUUAAAGACCCCCACAAGAGACUUGGCUCGGGACCACGAGGGGCCGAGGACAUCAAAAGUCAUGCCUUCUUCAAGGGUCUCAGUUGGUCAGACCUUGCUGAGAAGAAGGUAGUCAGCCCAUUCAAACCAGAGAUCAGGAGUGAGCUGGAUACAGGGAACUUUGCUGAGGAGUUCACUGGCAUGAAUCCUGUCUAUUCUCCAGCCAGCACCCCACCAAGCACUGACCGCCUGUUCCAGGGCUACUCCUUUGUUGCUCCCUCCAUUCUGUUCAACAAGAACGUGGUGAUGGGUGACUUCAUGGAGGGCCAGAUGGGAGCAGACCGGCCGGGCUCAGCCACUGUCCGUCACAGUGCUAUGUUAGCGGACUCUACGUUCUUCCAGCUGUAUGAGCUGUGCCUGCAGGGGGCGCCCCUGGGCGAGGGUAGCUUCUCUGUGUGCAGGAAGUGUCGACAUCACCAGAGCGGCCAUGAGUACGCCGUCAAGAUCAUCAGCCGCAGAAUGGAAGUAAACACUCAGAGGGAGAUUGCUGCCCUCAGGCAGUGUGAGGCUCACCCCAACAUCGUCAAACUGCAUGAGGUCUACACUGAUCAGUUCCAUACAUACCUGGUGAUGGAGCUGCUGCGUGGGGGGGAGCUGCUGGAGAGGAUCAAGAGGAAGAAAUUGUUUGGGGAGGCAGAGGCCAGUCAGCUUCUCAGGAGCCUGGUGUCAGCUGUCGGCUUCAUGCACGAGGCUGGAGUGGUGCACAGAGACCUCAAACCAGAGAAUGUGCUGUUUGCAGACGAGGGGGAGGACUCGGUGCUCAAGGUGAUAGAUUUUGGUUUUGCCCGACUGUGCCCUGCAGGCAGCGCCCCCCUGCAGACUCCCUGCUUUACACUGCAGUACGCUGCUCCUGAGCUCUUCCACAGCACCGGUUACGACCAGGCCUGCGACCUCUGGAGCCUUGGGGUCAUCCUGUACACCAUGCUGUCAGGACAGGUGCCCUUUCAGAGUGAGCAGCAGCAGCGGGCGGGGAUGACCUCAUCUUAUGCUGCCGACAUCAUGCAUAAGAUUAAAAAGGGUGACUUCUCUUUGGCUGGAGAGGCUUGGAAGGGUGUGUCAGACGAGGCUAAAGAGCUUGUGAAAGGGCUGCUGACGGUGGAUCCAGAGAGGCGUCUCAAGCUGUCUGCUCUGAGAGAGAACAGCUGGCUGCAGGGCGGGGCCAUCUUAUCCUCCACCCCCCUCUGCACCCCAGAUGUGCUCGAGUCCAGUGGCCCCAUCGUCCGCUCCUAUGUCAACGCCACCUACAAGACACUGUCGUGCGUGAAAAUCCCAGGUGGCUGGCCGUUUCUGAUGUACUAGAACUGGCGCACAUGGCAUCGAUGAUCAUACCACGCUCAAAGUUGCUUAGGCAUUCAACAAGGGGAAGAGGGAGGGCUUCUUUCUGAAGAGUGUCGACAACGCCCCCCUUGCAAAGCGACGCAAGCUCAAGAUGACAAGUACAGGUGUGGAGACUCGACGGAGCUCCUCUUCCUCCUCCUCGUCAUCAUCUUCCUCAGCUGCCUCUGCCGCUACAACAAACCUAAAAACACAGCCACCACACCAAACUCUACCCCCGAAGCUAGAAAAGAGCUAGCAGCCGAGGAGGGGGACGAGUGGAAGGAAAGGAGUUAGGAGAAUAAAGCACAUUAAUUCAGCUAUGACAGAUUGGAAUACUGGCUCUGAAAGACCAGAGAUGAUUAGAUUUGUUAUAUCCCCUCUAAGUCCAAAGUCAUAUAGAAUCUCCAAAUUCUAAGAUCUUAUUUAUGAACAAACUUAGAGACUAGUCCAAUACUUAAGAUGAAACAAAAAGUUUCACGUCCCUUUUUCCUUUGUAAUGAUGCAAGGACUUUAUAUGUAUCUAUACCAGCAGCUUGUCCCAUUUCAUAAAUUUUCUCAAGAAAUGAACUAACGUGUCAUUUCUUGAAUGGAACAAAGAUUUAGACUAUUGUCUUCUAAAUUUCGGUCAGAGGCUUUACAUCAGUAUGGUAAGUUACGGAAGACAUUUUCGUCGGCUUUAAGAUCAUACUUGUGAAGUUUUCAGUCACUUUUUAGCAGGGUGACGAUGAGCACGCACUUGGACAUGAUGCUGACGUUUUGCAUGUUGUCAGCACCUGAGGUAAGGAGCGCUGUCGUAGAACGAGUCAGAGAGAAGCGGAGUGAGAGAGUCCUAAAGGGGAAAUGCAAAAGCCAUGAAUGAGCACAAGCCAUACAUACACAGGGAGGCCAUGGCCUCUACAACAGAGCACUUAUGGAUAGAUGCACAGUGCUCAUCACGUGGCAAAACAGAGAGGCAGUGGUUGGGGGUUUGUUGGAAGUCUCGCUCUGUUUUUAAUGAUAUGGUUGAGAUUAAGAAAGAACGCUGGUACUACGGACAGCUGUUCAAAUGAACUUUGACCUUGAGGGAUGAUCCCAGUCCAUGGGACGCUGUCUUUGUAACCCAAUGGUUCUAGUCACAUACGGCCAAUUUACAAGGACCCUUAGAAUAAUUUCCUUUUGGCUUGAGAUAUCAGCCUUCUUAUCGACGUUGGUGUCUGUCUGCGUAGUUAACUGGUUCACUGAAGUUCACCUGAGAAUCAAAUUAACGGCAUACGUAUGCAUACGUGUGCUACAUUAACAACCAUCAUGAUUCUGACAGGGAAUAGAGGGAGAUGGAACGCUUGGUGAUAGACAUUCUGAUUUGAUACCAUAGUCCCAUACACAGUGCUCCAAAGGCCUAUGAUGUACAUUUCUGAGCAGGGCAACUUUUCAUUAUAUUGCGCCGGGCCAAAUGGGAAAAAAUGAAUCGUUUUUUACUGUGAGUAAAUAUUGUCACCCUGGUUUAGAGGUUAGUGUUUUUGUAGACGUUUAGGUGUUUUGAUCAUUGAAUGUCAGUUACACUGAUCAUUUCAUUUACUCAUCGCUUAUUUUCUACCGGAAUAUAUUGACUGUUGAUUUGAUUUGUACCUGGAUAUCACACAAAUGUAGUCCUUUUAAUCAGUGAUAGUUAUUUCAGAUUUAAACUGGGCUUAUUUUAGUAUUUAUUACAUUUCAUGUUUUUAUAAUGUUGUGGUAAUGGUUGUCGUGUGUGUGUGUGUGUGUGCGUGUGCGGUGUGACUGGUUCUGGGGAUUGUAUAUUAUUGCAAGUUACUGUAGUAAAUAAUUGUUUUGAUCACAUUUUAUUAGUUACUCCUUUCUAAACAUUAGUUUUGUCGGGAACCGUGCUUUUGUUACAAUGCUAUUGUUUGGCUGUUGAUGUUGUUGUCUUUUUUUUUAUGUUAUGAAUUUGACUCUUUUUAAUGAGCUACUACCCUUUUCCUGUAUAGCUGUUCUUUUUUGCCCAACAUUUUCUAUUCUUUCUUCAAAGCAUAUCCUGACAUUGAGAUUCCCUAUGUCACGAUUGCUUGGUUUGGGUCAAGAACACUUCAGUCUGGAGCAAAAUAAAUGACUUUUCUCGA